AUGGUGUCGUGGUGGCCGUUUCAGCGCGGGCACCAGCCUGCCGCCGCUGGCGGCCCCUCGCCAUCCCCCUCGAGCGACGCCGGCAGUGGUGAUGCGACGGUGCCGUUUUCUCGCAGUCUUAUGGAUACGGAGUCGUUCGACAAUGUAGUCACUGGUAAGGAUCGCGAGUACGGUGACAGCGGCGUCGCCUACUCGCAGUUUGAUCGAAUGCGCAGUGAGCAGAAGAUACGGCGCCACGGUGACGGCCGCGCGUCAACGAUGGACGUUGAGUCGAUCGACAUGCUUGUGAAUCGCUAUGAAAAUGAGUUCCGCCAGGCUGACGAGCACAUGAAGGCUCGUGAGGCGCAGCGGUCGGUCCUGCAGCGGUACGACUACGCCAAUGACCGACGCUACCAGCAGUGGACGGCGGAGCAGAAGGAAAUACGAGAGAAGCUGAAGAUCCACUGGCUGGACUGGAUGAUCGAUCAGCCUUCAGACUGCCUCGUCUACUUCCUGCGUGUUUGCACGACAGCUGGAUUUUGUUUCGGUGCAGGUCGGACCGCCCACCUGUACCGCACCAUGGACAAGACGUACGCAAAGCUGAACGGCGUCACGCUCGGAAGCAUCGCCUUCCACGAGAUUACAACGUCGGUGACCAAAGGCGGGGCGGUAGCCCUGAUGGGCACCAUCGGCAUGCCGGUCGGUGACGCCUUGACGAACCUGUUUAUGCUGCUCUGGUCGGGUGACGUUUCCUCGCCGCAGCGUACAUGGUGGCACAUCGUGAACUCCAGCCUCUGCUCGGGCUUUCUCGGUGGAGUGGCUUAUGUGGGUUUCAACUACAAGCAGCUCACUCCAUGGGGGGUGCGCGCGCUGCUGUCACUCUCUACAGGCUCCGGGACAGUAGCCGGCUUGUACCUGGGCUACGUAAUCUAUCGGCCCUAUGCGGCACAGCGGACCCACAACUUGUAUGAGCCGCACUGGCGCCCCUGGCAAAGUCGUCAUCAGCGCGAUGCAGGUCCUUCCAACGUUCGUGGGAAGUACCUGUGA